AGGGGACAGAAGUAGCACACAGCUGAGAAGUUGGGCACUCCAGUAACCAGUUGACAAAAACGAAAAGCAUCUCACACUUAACCCUUUGUUGAAAAGCCCUCUCGGAGUCAUGAUUGCCUCACACUUUCUCUCCAUUCUCACUUUGGUGCUUCUCACUGAAGAAAGCGGAGCCUGGUCUUACCACCCCUCCACAGAACUCCUGACUUAUGACGAAGCCAGUGCUUAUUGUCAGCAAAGGUAUACACAUCUGGUAGCAAUUCAAAAUAAAGAAGAGAUUGCAUACCUAAAUGCCACAUUGAGCUUUUCACCAAGUUACUACUGGAUUGGAAUCAGAAAAGUAAAUGGUGUGUGGGUCUGGGUAGGGACCCAGAAGCCCCUGACUGAAGAAGCCAAGAACUGGGCUCCAGGUGAGCCAAACAACAAACAAAACAACGAGGACUGUGUGGAGAUCUACAUCAAGAGACAGCACGAUUCUGGAAAAUGGAACGAUGAGAGAUGCAGCAAAAAGAAGCUGGCUUUGUGCUACACGGCUGCCUGUACCCAAGCAUCAUGCAAUGGCCAUGGAGAAUGUAUAGAGACCAUCAAUAACUACACCUGCAAGUGUGACCCCGGAUUCAGUGGACUUACAUGUGAGCAAGUUGUGACCUGUAAAGCCCAGGAGCAUCCUGAGCAUGGGAGCCUGGACUGCACCGGCCCGUUCGGGAGCUACAGCUACAGUUCCUCCUGCUCUGUCAGCUGUGACAGGGGCUAUGUGCCCAGCAGCCUGGAGCCCCCACAGUGCAUGUCCUCAGGAGAAUGGAGUGCUCCUCCUCCAGCCUGCAAUGUGGUUGAGUGCGAUGCUUUGACUAGUCCUGCCAAUGGGGUCAGAAAAUGUUCCCAAGGCCCUGGAAGCUUCCGGUGGAACACAACAUGUGCUUUUGACUGUGAGGAAGGGUAUGAGGUCAUGGGUGCCGUGCUCCUCACAUGCACCUCAUCUGGGCACUGGGACAACAAAGAACCAGUGUGUAAAGCUGUGGUAUGUGGUGCCCUCCACCGUCCUCAACAUGGGUUUAUGUACUGUACCAACUCCACGGCUGGAGAGCUCACCUUCAAGUCAUCCUGCACCUUCGCCUGUGAGGAGAGCUUCACCCUGCAAGGGCCAGCCAAGGUUGAAUGCACCGCCCAAGGGCAAUGGACACAGCAAAGCCCAGUGUGUGAAGCUGUGAAGUGUGAUGCUGUCUCUCAGCCCAGGAAUGGCUUCAUGAACUGUACUCACGCCCCUACUGGAGAAUUUACCCACAAGUCCUCUUGUGCCUUCCACUGCAAGGAAGGCUUUAAGAUCCACGGAGCAGCUGACCUUGAGUGCACAGCUCAGGGACUGUGGACACAGGAAAUGCCUUCUUGCCAAGUCAUGCAGUGUGUAAGCCUAGAUGCUCCAGAAAAGAUGAACAUGAGCUGCAGUGGGGCUUCAGUGUUUGGCACUGUGUGCAAGUUUGCAUGUCCUGAAGGAUGGACUCUCAAUGGCUCUGAAGCUCUUACCUGCGGUGCCACAGGACUCUGGUCGGGGAUGCUGCCUACCUGUGAAGCCCCUGCAGAGUCCAAUCUUCCCUUGGUAGCUGGACUUUCUAUCGCAGGGACCUCCUUUCUUGCAGUGACUUCAUUUCUCCUCUGGCUUAUAAAGCGCUUUUGGAAGAAAGGUAAAGGAGUUCCUGAAAAUACUCUAAAAACUGUUUUUAAAAACUUCCUUCUGGCACAUUUUAACUGGAAUCUAGGAACUACUGCAUAUUUAUUGGAUGCAUACUAA